AUGAGUAUCCUCGAAUAUCGAAAGAGUUCACUUCGUAACUCCAUGCCGAAAGUCCUUAACGUUUUGAUGAGAAUAGAUGACAGGAAAAUACGUGUAUCAUUUACUGUCAACGCCGAUCUAACUAUGACGGUUGAGUACAAACUAAGUGUUCAUAUCCCCACCGCCCAGGAUGGUCAGAGAGGAGAUCUGUCUCUAAAUUGUAUAAAUCUGCAACAAGGAGAAUCAUUUGACAACGCCGAUCUCGCCUUUCACCAAUUUCAUCGUCGUGCAGCACAAUAUGCGGCUGACCGAUUUACUGAUCAGGUUGAUAGUAGAGAUACAGUGGCAAGUUUGAAGGAAAGAAUUGGUGGAAUUCUGGAUCUGUUCCCAGAUGCCCUGCGUUUGCUUCAUCAAGGACAUCUUCUUAGCAAUACUCAAGCAAGUCUCGAGUCGUACGGUAUUGAAGAUAGCAAUCGAAUCAAUGUUGUUAAUGUCCCGUCUAACGAUAUGAACUCGAUAGUUUUAAAAGCUUUGAGCAGUUUUCUUUGUGACCAAUGUCCUGCAAGUGCCCUGCCAGCGAUUGCCGAGAAAUACCAUAUCAGUUUGGCAAAAAAAGUUAAAAGCUUCAGUUUGGAAGAAUUGGAGCGUUAUGCGAAAUUCAGGAAUCAAUAUAUUUCUUGA